AUGGAUCAAGUACUGGCCCUACAAGAAGUUCAAACUCUUCAGGGUAAAUUUGCCAUUAUAGGAGGCCAGGAAGAUUUUCUUAAAGAGAUGGCAGUAUAUGAUGUAAAACCUGAUAUAAAAACAUUUACACAGAUGUUACCAUUGAUAGAAGAAAAUAGAGAAGCUGAAAAUGGGAUGGUGGAAACAAUGAAAUCACUUGAUGUUAAACCUGAUAUAGAUUUUCUAAAUAUGCUUAUUAAGAAAAGAUGUUUACGUAAUGAUUAUGAUGAUGCUUUUCUUGUCAAAGAAGUAAUAGAUAAUGAUAUGAAACAUUCAAAAAGAUUUAAGAAAAAAAAGGCAUUGAAGCCAAAUAUUUUAACAUAUGGUGUCUUAGCUAUGGCUUGCAAAACAAAAGAGAAUGCAGAGAAGCUACUUAAUGAAAUGAAGGAAAAACAGCUUAAAGUGAAUAUCGAGAUUUUAGGAACAUUGUUACGUCAUGGUACAGCUCAUAAUAUAUUUGAAUAUGUGUUCUAUAUAAUGGAGGUAGUAAAAGAAGAGAAUUUAAAGCCAAAUGAGGUUUUUCUAAAACACUUAGAAAUGUUUCGGAGCAAAUGCGCAAAAGUUAACCAGAAUGAAACCAAGAGUUUUAAAUCAGCUUGCAAGAAUUUCUUGCAAAAAUAUAGAAUAUGGUUGAAGGAAACUUCUGUAACCGAAAUUUUAGCAGAACAUCCAUGGAAACAGUUUAUGGAAACUCAUCCAGAAACAGUGCAAAGACAAAACAUAGAAGUAAAAAUACCAAAAAAAUUUUAUAAAAGGAAUCGUAAAUAUGUUCCUUACUCUCCU